GCUUUUUUACACGUUAGUUUGCAACAAUUGUUUUUUUUUUUUUUUGCAUUUAAAAAAGCUUUUAAAACAGUAUAGUGUAUUUUUAUUAUUAACAGAACAUUGCUAAUAUUGAAGAAGGUCGAUUUUAUAGUAGAGGCAUAUUUUUGGAUCAUGUUUAAAAGUAUAAAACUUGAAAAAAUGUACCGAAGGCAUAAGAAUAUCUGCUUUAUCACGUGUUUCACAACCGGCUAAUGGAUUCACAUUAUUUAUACAAAGGAAUGAGAACAAGCUGAUAGGUCCAUGUGUGAAAAAUUAAGAAGAAUUAUGCCAGAACAGAAAAGUAGGUGACAUAAUGUUGAUGUCGCAAUCAGGAGGUGAAGGUUCAAGAAACUAGGUUGAAAAGUUGUGUUAAAUAAAAACGCCCUCAUGAGAUUAAUGGUACGUGAAAGAAUUUCAAAGAAGCGAAUUAAAUUUAUUAUAUUUUGGACGAUAAGCCACGUGGCAAUAUUAGAAGAAAAAAAAAUUAUCAAAAUCAUAAAGAAUCUUUUGUUCUUCUAAUCUCGUUUUUUUUUUUUUUUGUAAAUAUUAAAUUUCAGUUUUUUGCCUGAUAAAUUUCAAGAUUUCAAAAUUUUUAUUUUAUUUAUUAAAAAAAUCAAUUUUCUAAAUAAAUAAUAAUUGUGAUUGUUAAACAAAAAAUAAUAUUAGUUAUAGUAUGACAUAUUUUACGUCUUAAAAUAACUCUUUGAGAUAAAUUGUCGCAAUGAAUUAUCUUUUAUUUGAUCUUUUUACUGUCAUUUAAUUCCUACUUGGAUUUUGAUUGACACGUGUUGAGAAACAAUUUAGUCAAACAAAAUCCCACUUAAGAAGUCAAUAACCUAAUGAUGCAUUUAAAAUAAUGAAAAAGUUGAAUAUCGUUUUUUUUUAUAUUUCACUUCAAGUCAAAAAAGAAAAUUAAAAUUUUAAAUUAAACAAGUUUUCAUUAAUAUCUAAUCUUAUCUUUAAUUCUUCAAAAAUUAGAUAAAUAGUUAUGAAAAUUUAAAUUUAAAAAGUAGUAAAUUGAAGAUAAAAAAAAAAAAAUGUCUCUAAUAAAACCAACACCUGUCUUUGGUGAAAAACAACCUCCACCACCGGAAUUUAAGGAACAAUUUCUUUUUCUUCUUGAAUUUUAUAUUUAUGAAAUACGAGGUGAACGUUUGGCAAAAUUAAAUCAAAUGUUCUUUGUGCCGACUUGUGUGAAUUUUCAUUUUUUGGAUUUUCAAGAUGAUGAUUUAGAAAUAACACCAGUUAAUCUUAUGUUUGAACCACAAGCAGGAAUUUCUGAUGAUGUUGAAUAUUUUAAUGCUGGACGUUCGGUUAUGUUUUCAGUAUCACAACACGUGGUGGCAAAGAAAUUAUCUGAGUUGAAAAUAAAAUUAUUUGUUAGAAAAAAAAUGCCAGAGAAUAUAAAACCUGAUAUUAUCAUUGGAGAAGGUGAAAUUGAUAUGACAAAACAAUUUGCAGCGUUGCGAAAAGAAAUGUUUCAAUGUUGGCACAUUGGUAUACCACCGCCGCAAAUUUUUGAAAAUGAAAUUCCCCUAUUUUUAAAUAAAGAAACAAUUGGAAUGAUGAAAGUUUUUAUUAGACUCUCAUCUUAUGGUCAAAGUAUUACAACUGAAUUUGAAGCGCCAAAGGGACAAAAUAAAUCAUUUAUUUUUAAAGGCAAUAAAAUUAAUGACAAAAGUUUAUCUUACAAAUGUCGAAUAAUUGAUUCUAGGGAAAUUGAUAUUUGUAAAAAUUCGGAAGAUGAUUUAAAAUCAUCUUGUCAAAUUUGUCAGCCUUGUGGUUUAAAUUUUGCGGUCACAAAAUCAAGGGACAAUUGUUUAAAAAUGGAGACGACAAUUGCAGGAAAUGAUGAUUGCAAUAAAGAUAAUUCUAGGAAACAAAUUGGUCCCAUUCAGUCGAGUAGGGGAUCGAAGCAACCUUGUGGAAAAGCAGUGGUUUUAAAGGUUUCUGGCCUUUUAGAUGUUGGAGAUGGUAAUAAGCAACCGACGGUUACCGUUGCACCGGAAUGUGAUGCUGCGACGAAAAAUUGUGAUCCCGAUCACGAUAUAUUUAUAUUGAGAAUUGGUAAAAAAGGAUUGGUCGGUCCAAAUGAAAAAUCAGAUAUUCAACUUGAAAUGAAAACACCCAAGGGUCCAGAAAGAGGACCGCCAAUUAGACAUGAAACACGCGAGGCACAAACCGAGGAGGAGAAGAAGAAAGAAACAUCCGGUGGAAAAAAAUCAAAAGCUUCAAAAAAAAAGAAAAAGAAGAAAUAGUCAAU